AUGUUCAAUAAUAAAAUAGGAUUCGACUUUUUAAAUGAUGAACAAAUAGCAGAACUUUUACCGUUAGUCGAUUUAGCACAUAAGAUUAAGCUCGAUGUUACAAAUACUGACGAGAGCAAACAGUAUUUUAUUAAUAUGAUUUUUGGACAAACCGUCUACGCGUUGAAAUCAUGUUCUACAAAAAUUAAUCAUAAUGUUCAUAACGGAUCGCAAUGUCUUGUUGUCUCGACUAUUUUUCGUGAAAUUUCUAAUGAUAGCUCAUCUAUCUAUCAGGUUUAUCAUUUAACACCCUCACCCACCCCACUAACGACAACAAAGUCCUCUAGUCGAACUCAGCAAGAGAAAUUAUACUGGUACACACAUUCAUAUCAGUCUAAAGCAGAUCAUUGA